ACGGGUCUGGGGGAUUUUUUUCUCUGCUCCAACCAAUAGCGGAAGCUUGGUCCCUUCUGGUUAAACUAUACCUUCUGGUCUAUUUGUAGCUAGCUAAUCAGAAUAUAGGAGCUAGCUAAAGUUGGUUACAGUGACUGGCCACCUUAGUGCAGCGUUGCUAACAUUAAACGACAUCAAGCUUUAGCGAAGUAAACAUACCGUAAACGGAGUUCUCAGCCUUGCUGAUAAAAAUUGUGAAUGACGCAGCUUGAAUUUGACGUAGCUAGAGAAAAGCAAAUGAAAGCGAUGUUGUGUUCACUCUCUCCUUUCAUGUAGACUACAACUUUUGACUAUUUUACUUCAGUCCUUAAGUGUUAGAUGCGUUUCGCCUAGAUACUAUAAUUCACCUUAAAGAAGGAGCGUUUUCCUGUCGGUUGCACCAGUUUUGCAAUUUAAGGUAUGUGAAAACAGUUUUACCACUGGUGUUGAGCAUCCUCAGUGGAAUCUUCGCAUCCGUUGCUUGUGCCAGCAGCUUCACACACAUCUCUGAUUGACUGGAACUUGCCACUCCAGGAGGAGAAGAAAAUAGGAAUUGGAAGAUACCAUAAGAACACUAAGAGAUCAACAAUGGAGUCACUGAGUGCUGAAAAUACCAAGUUCUCCCUGGACCUGUUUAAGAAGAUAAGUGAGAGUAAGAAAACGGACAACAUCUUCUACUCUCCACUCAGCAUCUCCUCAGCUCUGGCCAUGGUGUACAUGGGCGCCCGGGGGAACACAGCUACACAGAUGGCUGAGGUGCUUCGCUUUAGAAAAGAGAAGAAACAUGAAGCUCCUGGACUGCAACAACAAGAAGUAAAAAGACAGCUUCCACCAGAGGUGCUGAAGUCUCCCCUUCAUGAAGCUGAUGAUGACAUUCAUGCUGGAUUCAACAAACUGAUGUCUGAGCUCAACAAAGAGGGUGCCCCGUAUGCUCUGAGCCUGGCAAAUCGCCUGUAUGGGGAGCAGUCUUACGAGUUUGUGGAGAAAUACAUUCAGGACACAAAGAAGUUCUAUCAGGCAGAGCUGGAGACUGUUGACUUCAAAUCAAAAGCAGAGGAUGAAAGGGUGAAGAUUAACAGCUGGGUGGAGAAGCAGACUCAAGAUAAAAUCAAGAACCUGCUGUCGAAAGGGACUGUUAACAGUAUGACCAGUCUGGUGUUGGUGAAUGCUAUCUAUUUUAAGGCUGAUUGGGACAAUAAAUUCAAAGGGAGUGACACACAUGGACGGCAAUUCAAAUUGAAUAAGAAUGAAAUUAAGCCAGUUCAGAUGAUGGAACAGACAGGCAACUUUGGUUUGGCAUUCAUUCCGGAGGUCGAUUGUCAGAUUCUAGAGAUGCCUUACAUUGGUAAAGAGCUGAGCAUGCUCAUUAUUCUGCCUAGUGAGAUUGAGGAUGACUCCACAGGGCUUGAGAGGUUGGAAAGGGAGCUCACAUACGAGAAAUUAAUUCAGUGGACACAGCCUGACAUGAUGAAGAGUGUUGAGGUAAAUGUGGCUCUGCCCAAGUUUAAGAUGGAAGAGACCUAUGACCUGAGAGAUAUUCUGGUCAGUAUGGGGAUGGAGGAUGCCUUCGAUGAGUCAAAAAGCGACUUAACUGGCAUUUCUUCCAGCACUAACCUAGUGGUGUCCAAAGUGGUGCACAAGGCCUUUGUGGAGGUGAACGAGGAGGGCACAGAGGCUGCUGCUGCCACUGCUGUCACCAUGAUUCUUCACUGUGGCAGGCUAUACCAAAAUCAUUUCAUCGCAAACCAUCCCUUCCUGUUCUUCAUCAGACACAACCCCACUCAGAGCAUCCUCUUCUGUGGCCAGUUCUGCUCCCCUUGAAGUCUUAAACUCUGCAGUUUCCAGUUAUAAGCAGGAGUCUAAAGAAUGACUGUCUGCAUGUUAAAUGGCUCUACAAUGCUGUUUGCCUUAAAAUAAUAUUUCAUUGUUAUCUGCUUCUCAGAGCUUAGACAAUCCUGCUGCAGUGCAUUUUUUUCAUUCCUGUCCAUUGUAUCCUCUUUGAAGAUUAAUACUGGCUUAAGACCAUUGCUUCCUUUCUGUUCAUUAUAUUUUACUCAACACUGAAAUGUCAAAAAACAAGAAGCAGUUACCAAGAUCACAUUACUCAUUUGUGAAAAUAAAAGUGCAAAAAAGUCUA